CUCACCAGAGACGAUCUCUGAUGACCAGAACGAGUAUUUCAGCGACUGACUCUUUCGGAUAUUGUCGAAUUAUCAGACUCGAUCAGUGAUGAACAACGAGAAUAUGUCACUUAAGCGCCUGUUCCAAUUACAGCAGAAGAAACUGAUAUACGAUUUACUUAAAUAAAUCGACCUGAUGUUAAAGUCGCUAAGUUCGGAAUCCGAUAAAAGAGAAUGGAAGCGUCGCUUCAGUUUAAAGGAAGGUCGGAAGCGUGAUACGGAAUUGUCGAUAAGACGUGGCUGUAACAGACGGUGGACCAGCUUACGCCAACAUACAAAAACAGACAAUCUUCGUCUGACAGAACCUUCAACUCCUUCUUCUGCGUCUACUACGAGUCCUUUCAUUGACCCCCCUAGGAAAAGCAACUGGCAGGUUAUUGAACAUUUCGGAUCGUCAAGCAAGGUUGGCAGCUUACGGUCUUACACAAUCCGCGAAAAUGGCACAGCACCCUCAUCCACGUCGGACAAGGAAGGCUUGGACGUCCAUCAGCUCGUCACCAACAAAAAAUCAAGCACUUCAAUUGCCUACCAAAUUAAAAAAAUAUUUAAGAACAUUUGCACAACACCCCAAUUUUCUGAUCCCCAGGUAGAAAUGCUAUACCAGCGGUAUUUUCUAAAAAUGAAUCAAAGCAAUAUGACGAGUCUUAUAUCGCUGUUAUUAUUGUUUUGUGUAGGUAUUUUUAUUUUAACUAGCAUUGAUCUACUUCCGAAGGAAAGCAGAGUUACAUCAGAUCGACUCAAUAAGCUCUUGGGAUUUUUGUGUACGUCAGGAUCGUGUGUCGUUAUUUACGGAAUACUUCUAACUAUUUUAUCUCGACCAGCUAUGAAUGAGGUGUACUUAAUUAUAAUCUCGUACUUUAUACUGUCGACAUUUCUCGCAUUGCAGAUUUGUACAUUAAUAUAUUCUGGAUGGGAGAGACCAAUUGCAGGCACAAUAAUUACAUUAACAUGUACAUAUCUCACGUACGCCCUACUCCCAAUACGAUUAAAGGACGCGUUGCUCUCCGGCUUUGUCCUCGCAGGAAUUGACAUCCUUAGCUUAAUAUAUCUUAGUCUGCGAUCUACAUCUGAGAUUGAAAGCUGCGUAAUAAUUCUUAUGUGCGGAAAUAUAGUCGGCACAUGUACCCAUUAUCCUAGAGAAAUCGCUCAGAGGAAGGCGUUUUUAGAAACACGUCAAUGUAUCGAAGCUAGACUGAAGAUACAACGCGAAAAUCAGCAACAG